AUGUGCCACUUUCAGGUCUCCUCACACUGCUGGUGUGUUCCAUUUUGUCAUAGGGUGCUGGCAGAUUACGGGCCUCCCAUUGCUGCUGCCAGGCCCGUAAUCUGCCAUGGGCCCCUGUACCGCCUCCUCAUGCUGCUGCCAGGUCCACAGUGUCUCAUGGGUCCCUGUACGGCCUCCCAUUGCUGCUGUCUCCAUCGCCACACUCUGCCAUGUGCCACUUUCAGGUCUCCUCACACUGCUGGUGGGUUCCAUUUUUGUCAUAGGGUGCUGUAUGGCCUCCCAUUGCUGCUGCCUCCACCGCCACACUGUGGCUCCACACUCUGGUCUUGGCCCCUA